GAGGAACCACGUAAUAUGGGGGCCUGGAACUUUAUCUCUACGCGCAUCCGCAACUACCUCGGCCUCCAUCUUGAUUUUGCUGGUCGUGGUGAGUUGGCGGUGCCUGCUGUCGGUAUAGGAGAGCUUCAUCAGGCGGAGGCUGCUCAGAUUUUGCAAGAUACAUUUCAUAAGGACUAG